AUGCGCACUCUCUCAUUCCCAUCACCAUGUCUAUCUUCUUCUUCUUCUUCUUAUUGUUCUCUUCACAUCAACAAUUCCAAUUCCACGUUCAAUAAUCGCUUAUUCUCUUUUCCAAUUUCUUCUUCUAUCUUACUAACACCGCAUUCUUCUCUCAAACAGACCAAAAAACAAUCUACUAAGACCAAUAACACUACUCCGUCUCGGUUAAAGCUUUUGUUUAACCCCAAAGGGGAAGAGGAUAAGAGUGAUGGUAACAAGAAUAAAAGUAGAAAAUCUGAAUCUGAUAAAGGGGAGGAGGAGAAUGAUGCUACUGCUUUGAAGGGUACAAUUUUGGCCGGUGUUUUGCUAAUUGGCUUUGUUGGGGGUUUUGCUUCGGUUGGUUAUUUCUAUAGAGAACCUAUUAAUGUUUUCUUGACUCAGUUCUCUGGCUUCAUUGAAGGUUAUGGUUCAGCUGGGUAUGCAUUGUUUGUAGCUGUUUAUGCUGGAUUGGAGAUCCUUGCAAUUCCUGCCAUUCCCUUAACCAUGUCAGCUGGACUUCUUUUUGGAUCUGUUACUGGCACUAUCAUAGUCUCUAUCAGUGGAACAGUGGCGGCUAGUGUUGCUUUUCUAAUUGCAAGAUAUUUUGCUCGCGAGCGCAUUCUAAAACUAGUGGAAGGAAACAAGAAGUUUCUUGCUAUUGACAAAGCAAUCGGAGAGAAUGGCUUCAAGGUUGUGACCCUGCUUCGUUUGAGCCCGUUGCUGCCAUUUUCUUUGGGGAAUUAUUUAUAUGGAUUGACAUCUGUAAAGUUUCUUCCGUAUGUAUUGGGAAGACAUAAUUGCAGUUGGUUGGGGAUGCUUCCAGGAACAUGGGCUUAUGUUAGUGCAGGUGCUUUUGGAAGAGCAAUAAUCCAAGAAGAAUCUGAACUUAGUGCACUAGGAGGAAACAAUCAGCUACUGACCCUUGGGCUUGGACUAUUCGUCACCGCAUUAGCUGCUACAUACGUCACGAAACUUGCAAAGGAUGCUGUCAAAGACAUCGACGACUAG